GCAUCUUGCAUCCGCUAGUUCCUGUUUCCUUUCUUUUCUUGUUCCUCAUUCAUAUGAUAGAUACGGGUGACUGACUGACACCGAGGUCAGUCUUCGCAGUCUUCAGUCUCUGAAAUUCUGGAAUCACCGAGCAUAUCCGUCCUUUUGCACAUCACAUCAUUGAUUCGGAAUCUAAGCGAAGUUGUACCUUUGCAUGAUGAAGGAUCGUCUGACCUGCGCAUAGGUCUUAUGCCGAGGGGAAAUGAUUCUCACACAAUAAUGGAUGGCUCAACUCGACUGCAUCUGCAGACAAGAAGCAGGAGGAGGUAUUACUAUUACCUCCCCCACGGCCAGAGAGUGGGCAUGUACUGUAUCCACCAUGCUGCCGCUUUAAAAAGCAGGCCCUUUUCUCCCUCAAGCGGGAGCAUUCCUGGGUAAUUGCACGUUCAAUUCCCUAUUUAAAAGAAAGAAAGAAAGAAUGCGGCGGUUGCGCUGUCUGGUUGCUGCAGUUUUCGCUACGUCCGUAUGGGCUUCUGAAGAGGGCUCGACUUUCUCUCCUGCGAGACCUCCUGCUAUACCGUUAGCUGUCAAAUCGCCAUACUUGAGUACAUGGUUGGAAGCUGGGAAUGAUGGGGGGAAUGGAGGCUACUUGGCUGGUCAAUGGCCUUCUUUUUGGACAGGCCAGACUGUUACAUGGGCGGGCCUAAUCCGUGUAGACGGAGAUGUGUACACAUGGAUGGGCGCAACAGGGACCAAAAACGUCCAGCAGACGGCGUACGAGUAUACUUCGACAAGGAGUCUUUUCACCAUGAACGUGGGAGGCUUGGUGGAAAUGAACAUUACAUUCCUCUCUCCAAUCACUCCGGAUGAUCUGAAGAGGCAGUCACUUGUAUCUUCCUAUCUCCACGUCGAAGUCACGUCAAUCGAUGGUGCUAGCCACGAUGUACAGCUGUACGCGGAUAUCGCAGCAGACUGGGUUUCAGGAGACACUGAUGCCAUUGCACAAUGGGAUUACGGCGUUGCUGAUGGUGUUGCCUACCAUAAAGUAUACCGACAGACUCAGUUGUUGUUUUCCGAAAUCGGUGACAGGGCUGAAUGGGGAUACUGGUAUUGGGCAACAGAUCAUCAGAACAGCACGCGGUACCAGUCCGGAAGCGCCGAUGAUGUUCGGAAUAUGUUUUCAGCCACCGGCGAACUGGCAAAUUCUGAAGACACAACCUACAGGGCCAUUUCGGACAAUUAUCCUGUCUUUGCAUUCUCUAUUGACUUGGGUGCUGUCGAUCCGUCGCCUGUGCGCUCCUUGUUCUCCAUCGGUCUCGCUCAGACAGAUGCAAUCCAGUAUGCUACAAAAAGCGGCACGAUUGCUGUCCAAUCUGCAUGGACCAGCUACUUCCCAGACGACGUUGCUGCGCUUACAUUCUUCCACAAAGAUUAUUCGCAGUCUUCUUCUCUCAGUGCGCAAUUCGACGCCCAGGUGGCUCGGGACUCCAUCGCUGCCGGUGGCCAAAACUAUCUGACCAUCACAUCUCUUUCGGUUCGCCAGGCCUUUGGUUCCGUACAGAUAUGCGGAUCAAGAGAUAAGACCUACGCCUUCAUGAAGGAGAUCUCGUCAGACGGAAACAUGAACACGGUGGAUGUCAUCUUCCCUGCACAUCCGAUCCUCCUGUACACAAACCCAACCUUCCUCAAGCUCUUGCUCGAUCCGCUCUUCGAGUACCAAGAGUCCAGCCUGUACCCGAAUAGCUGGGCCAUGCAUGAUCUGGGUGCCCAUUACCCCAAUGCUACCGGCCACCCGGACGGAAAAGACGAACCGAUGCCGCUGGAGGAAUGCGGAAAUAUGAUCAUCAUGGCACUGGCCUAUGCUCUUCGCGCGCAAGAUACGGGUUAUCUCGAACAGCACUACAGUCUACUGAAGAAGUGGAUACAGUAUUUGGCAGUAGAAUCCCUUUAUCCUGCUAAUCAGAUCUCAACGGAUGAUUUUGCUGGGUCUUUGGCGUGAGUUCUUUUUGCCCCUUCUAUAUCGGCUGCCUACACUUUACUGUACUUACAUAGACACAGCAAUCAAACGAAUCUGGCCCUGAAAGGAAUCAUCGGUAUUGAAGCUAUGUCCGUCAUAUCCCGUUUAACAGGGAACGAGGCUGACAGCGCCAAUUAUACGGCAAUCGCCCAUGAUUACAUUGACAAGUGGCAGACCUUGGGAAUUGCGCAUGACGCGGAUCCUCCGCAUACGACGUUGUCCUACGGGGAGAAUGAUACCCACGGCCUCCUUUACAAUCUCUACGCAGACACACAGCUACAGCUACACCUUGUCCCACAGUCGGUGUAUGACAUGCAAAGUAAUUUCUAUCCGACGGCCGCGCAGAAGUACGGUGUUCCACUGGAUACUAGACAUACGUAUACGAAGGGCGACUGGGAAAUGUUCGUCGCAGCCAUCGCCUCAGGCGACACGAGAAACACAUUCAUCAAGGAUCUAGCGACAUGGAUCAACGACUCGCCGACUAAUUUCCCCUUGACGGAUCUCUAUGAUACUAUUACGGGAGAGUGAGUCCAUAUCAUUAUUAAUAGCUGGGAUUGAUCAUAUCCUAGGACUAUUUGACCUUUUUUUUAUCCGCUACUAUUUAGAAUAAAUGCUAAUAAUGGAGAACAGCUACCCAGACUCCUCCCUCGUUUUCAAAGCGCGACCUGUUAUGGGCGGAUCCUUUGCUUUACUUCUAUUGAACUAGACUGAUUUUUCUAUAUAUAUCACUUCCACACUAUCAGGUCCUCUUAACUCUGGAGCAGAGGGGCUUUUAACUAAUUAAUAAUAUUUUAGUAGGC